AUGAUGAUUCUUCCUAUUGCCAUUCCACACUACCUCCAAGUCGAAGACGAAUACAAGGGGUAUCGCAUUCCGGCCGGUUCGAUCAUCAUCCCGAACUCAUGGGCCAUGCUCCACGAUGAGGGGGCAUAUCCUGACCCCUUUACCUUCAACCCUGAACGCUUCAUGAAAGAUGGUCAGCUAAACAAAGACAUCAGAGACCCCGCCCAUGCUUGUUGGGGUUUUGGAAGACGGAUCUGCCCUGGGCGCUUCAUGGCGUUCUCUUCCAUUUGGAUCACCAUCGCGUCGAUGAUCGCCGCUUUCGACAUCAAGAAAGCGACUGAUCCCGAAGGAAAUGCCAUCGAACCCAGUCAUGAGUGUGUUUCUGCUCUUGUCAGCGCCCCAUACCGUUCAAGUGCUCUAUCAAGCCUCGCUCAAAGGAAAUGGAGCACCUUAUCCGCGCGAGUGCCUGCUCAAGAAGCGUUUUAA